AAAUUAUGAUAAGUUUAAACAUGUUACUGCCCCACCGAAUUAUUUUUAAACAAGAAUAAAGUAGUAAGAAAAUGCUUGGCUUUAUUAAAUGCUUCAUACUGAGUCUACUCAAACCCUCUCAGGCUUUGUUAAACGGUGAUUGACACAUGUGCAAAGUUUUUCUUUUUAUAUAUAUUUUUUGUUUGAAGCAACUUAUUUGAUUGAAUAAUAAAAACACAAAUGUCCUAGCCAAAAUGUGGCCCAAACGCAAAACAACAUUACUUCAAUGGAAAAAAAAUUUUCAAUCAAGAAAAAUAGUUUUCAAAUGCUUUUUUUGUCUCAAAUUUAUUUUGCAAUCAAAAACAUUUUUUUUUAUUGAAGUGACUUUUGGGAUUAAAAGUAUAACUGUAUUUUGAUUGGAACAACUUUGUUUUUGAUAGAAGUAACUUUGUUUUUUGAUUGAAUAAUAAAAACACAAAUCUACCUCCAUCGUUAUUGAGAGAGAAAGAAAUUAAGAAAGCUUUAAAACUAAAAGCCACCGGGGAGUGUUUUUUUAAAAUAUUUAUAUUUCAUUACAUAGACAUGCCUCGUAGGGAAAGGAGAUUGAGGGAUAAAAAAAGGAGUUGGAUGAGGCUGCUAAAGGCAGCGGAUACCUCAUCAGCUGGGUGAAUAGCAGACCUGGUAAGAACAGGUUUGCAAGGAUAGUCGGGUAUUAAAUACAAUUAUAAACACAUUACAAUGUUAUUUUUCUAUAAGAUUUUAUGUCAUUGUUUUAUUAAUCAUUAGGUGCUAGAGUUGUUAAGUAUGGAUAAUAAUGAAAUAAUAGUUUUGAGAAAACUGCUGUUGGUGGCUCAGUGACCAUGUGAUGUGGUUUGUUCUCAGAUGAACAAGUUGAGGAAGGAAGUUUUAAUGCAGAGGUUGAAGGAAGAAAAGAGCUAGACUGACUGAGUCACAGCCAGAAAGUGUGGAUGACAGUUUUGAUUUCUAUUCACUGUUGCCCCCUCCCAAUUAAAGUAUGUCACAGUCGCAGCCAAUUAUUAUCUAAAGCUGGUUAAAAUUGAAGUUAUGUUGUUUUAAGGUGUAUUAAAUACUUGUUCAUGUGCCCCUUUUGAUCUACAAGCACCCGCCCCUCCACCGGCCUCUGCACGGCCCUUCUGAAACACAGUGUGGGUCGAGAGAGCUCAAUAUUUUGUUGGGGUGUACAGUGUCCUGGAACAUAUUUCCUCCACACCCUUUUCACCUUUUUAACCCCUGACCCAUUUUCAUGCCUGAAUAUGAAAAUCUUUUGAAGCCAACAAAAACCUCACUUUUUCCAAUGUGUUGUGGGGUCAGCAGUCUGAGCAGGGAAUCCUACAUCUAUAAACCCUACUCACAUGACGUCACAACCACGCCUCCGCGCCAUAUUGUCCGUCUACUCGUCGUGUUGACGCAUUACCGCUACGUAAAUUCCUCCUAUUAUGGCGUGUUUUUCUGCUCGUUAACAUUAAUAAUAAAAAUGGUGAAGGCGUGUGUGGCGGUUGGUUGCAAUAACAGAGAAGAUAGACGGAGAGACUUGAAGUUCUACCGUAUUCCGAGAGACCCGGCGAGGAGAGCGAGAUGGACUGCUGCAAUUCGACGAGAAAACUGGGCACCAAACGAUCCCCACAAAUUAUGUAGUAGUCAUUUUAUAUCUGGUAAGAUGCAUUUAAUAUAUAUUUAGAGGGUAUUGGGCUGGCAAACACAAUUAAGAUCAUUGCGAGGCUAAUCGCUGACAACAUACAGUUUCAAAUUCAAGAUGCUUAUUUCUUCCACCAUCAUUACAUUUUGAAUAAUAUUUAGCUGGUACCAAGUGAAAGAAGCUGGCCUCGUCUACGGAUCAUCAGUUAAACAGGUGUGUCCAAACCUUUUGCAAAGGGGGCCAAUUUUGGUUUGGUAAAAAUGCGGGGGGCUACCUUGGCUGAUUUACAUAGAACAAUAUAUUUAAACAAAUUUUAGCAAGCCCUUCUGUGUGUCACAUUUGCUUUAUUAUUUUUUUUAAUUCAUAAUUUCAACAGUCUCGUCUUUGUGGCGUUCUCUUUCGACACUCGGGCUCUUGCGAAAUACUGCUGCUGUGAAAUUAAACUAGCUUCAAGUUGCUAUAAUUUCUCGCUGCGUAUCUUCCCUGUAAUGUCGUACAUGUCAGCGUAUCUUGUUCGGUAAUAUCAUUAUCGCGUCACAUCAAAGUCUUUGAAAACAGCGACUGUCUCUAUGCAAAUGAGGCAGACAGUUGUUGCGUGUUUUAUUGAAGAAAUAAUCCAAUAUCCACCUAUCCUUGAAGCGUCGGCCAUCGCAGUCAACUUUUUUUUUUAUUGAUUGUCGCCAUUUUAGAAAAUUGGAAGUAAAGGGUCACACGGGGUAAUGUUGCUUAGAGUGCUGCUCUUAAAGUUUUCAUACUUUCGUGAGAAUAGGCUGAUUUUGUGUGGACAAGAUAGUUGUAGAUAUCAGGGUAGCAGAUGUCAGGCAGAGAGGGCGAAGACAGCGGGUCGAAAAAUAUCGAUUUAGGUAUCAAAUAUGGAUCUGGCGAAUGGAUAGACUGAAGCUUUUACACAUAACGCCUUUUAUGCAACGCAUCCAAUGAGUUUACAGCAUCUGAAAGCACCGGUGCUUCCAUGAAUUGCACUAUAAAUUGCAUGACAAAUUGAAACCAUUGAGAAUACGGACAAACAAAGACGGACAAUAUGGCGCCCAGAUACAGCGACACGUCAUUCUGUGACGUUGCGCAAGCACCAGGCCAUGUAUGAUGACUUUGUCAAAAGAAAGGACAUGAAGAGAGAAGGGUACCCCUCUGCACCCAUGCACACUUUGACGGCGAACGGAAUGAAUGCUCGUUACACUCUCCCAAUAGCAGUGGGAACGGGAGGAGGUGCUGGAGGCAUGGGAGCCCUGGAGGGAGGAGGAGGAGUUAGCAAGUUUCACAAGCACGAUCCACGUCAGGUUCUGAUAAGUGAGGCGAUCGCGAAGAUGAUUGUUCACGAUCUGCAGCCAGUUUCCAUGGUGGAAAACCUUGGCUUUAGAGUGCUUCUUCAGAUCCUGGAGCCACGCUAUACCCCGGAUUCUCGGCACUACAUCCAGAACCAGCUCCUCCCAGCCUAUACAUACCAGGCUCAGCUGUCUAUUCGUCAGGCCCUGGCUUCAGCUCAUGCAUUUAGUCUCAGCCUGGAUGUCUGGAGGGCCUCAUCCACACCCACAUUAGGUUACCUUGGUGUCACCUGCCACUUUCUGUCUUUGGAGUGGCAGAUGCGCUCUGCUCUCCUGGCCUGCCUUCCCCUGACUGGAAAUCGGGUUCUUUCAGAUUUUGAUGAAGUGUGUCACCUUCAUGGCGUGUCUGGAAGAGCCUUCCGUGUGGUUGCUGACCCACACCUGGCCACGACCUCUGUGAAGUCUUGCUUUCUACCCGGUUUCUGUCACGAGGCGGGUGAUGAGGACAAUGCCGGAAGCCAUGAAGAUGUGGAUGGGGGCAUGAGGAAUGGUCACGUGGCAGAGGAAGUUUGGGAAGACUCAUGGGAGCAGGGUCUUGGUGUUGGUCGCGUGGAUUGCUUCUCUCGCUCGCUUAGCCAUUGUGUCAGAGAGGGGUUGCAUUCUUGUACGCAGCUUGCUUCUGCCCUGGCCAAAGCAGGCCGGUUCUACAGCUACAUCACAACGGUGGUUCCAUCAGAGAAAUUGAGUCAGGUGUUUGAUAGUCCUGGCAUGGUGAUUGGGGGCCAAGACAGCACUUCACCACUGGUUCGAGACUGGGCUGCCCAACUUAAGGUCCUUCGUCGGCUGUUGGACUCUGUGGAAGUCUUGGAGGAGAUGAGUGGUCCUGGAGAAGUGUUGCUUGGUGGUCCAGAGACUGCACUGCUAAGGGAGUUAACUGACACUUUAGAGCCCUUCAUGGAAGCUUGGGACAUGGUGUGUGGGGAACGACAUACAGACACACAGACAGACAAACAUGUGUCCAUCAGUCUGGCGCUCCCAUGUGUUUUGGGCCUACGCAAGCACCUCUCUGAGACUUCAACCCCACAUUGCCCCUCUCUCCUGGCAAGCCUCAGCCAGGCCGCAGAGCAGCGACUCACUCCCAUUCUGGAGGACCCUCUUUAUAUCACCGCCACCACCCUUGACCCACAGUUCAAGCUCACAUGGAGCAGUGACCCUGAGUGGCACAGACAGGUCCUUCUGGAAGAAUUAUCCAAACAUUCCGCAGACUCCAACACAGAACGACUUCCUCAUUCCCACACUUCUCCAACCCCGGCGUCAUCGCCCGUGUCCUCACUGGCUCGGCCCUGUAAGCUCUUUUCAUUCAUCAAACAAAGACCAAUGACACAGGCUAAAAGCCUGGAGCAGGAGCUGACGAUCUACUUGCGAGAAGAACCCACAGAUGAAGAAGCUUUGCAUUACUGGCGACGUAAAGCAAUUGACUUUCCACUUCUUGCCCAGGUGGCCAAGAGAGCGUUGACCAUACCUGCUUGCAGCACGUUGGUAGAAAGCAUCUUUAGCAAGGCCGAGCGCUGUCUUGUGCCUGCAGUUGGACAUUUCUUGCCAAAGAACUUGGAGACACUCAUCUACCUCAAAGCCAAUUACAGACUAUUAUGGACGUAGUCCAGCUGUUUGCUGCGUUACACAAA